GAAAAUCAUCGAUAACAAUCAAAAUGAGUCUGAUUCGAAUAUAUAUAAGAGCUUAAAGAGGCUUCAAAUGAUGGCUUUGUCCGUGGAGAUUCUGCAGAACACAGAAAUUGGGAAGUCUGUUAAUACUCUCAGAUGGCACAACUCAAAAAAUAUUCGAUGUCUGGUCAGGAAGAUGGUCAAGGGAUGGAUUGAAAUGUUACAAGAGUGGAUGGAUGCUCGAGCAACAUUAACAGAAAGGAAAUCUGAGUCCACGAAAGCAUUCGUUGUUGAUGAAGAAGACGGAGGACUUCCUGUCCCACCCUUGGACGACAUACUUUCCUUUUUACGCAGACAACUUCAAUCGAGCUGUCACAAAUCUUUGAUGGCAUGGAUGAUGAUGGAAAUGUUAUAAUCAGCGUGGGCCAAAAGGACGAGCAAGAAAAGAAACAAACUUCAGUACUUGUCAAACCAAAUAAGCCUCCCGGAGGCAACUCAGGACGUGGAAGACCAACUAAGUCAACACUCGAACAGAAGCUCAACAAUGAUCAUGAAAUGAAACUCCAGGAGAAAUCUGACCAAAGAAAAAUUCAAACAAGGCCUGUGCCUACUCAACAAAACGUGAGUGUUCGAAGGGUGUCAAUUUCUAGUUCAUGUAAAGCUUCGAUUUCUAACUAACAGAUCAUCAUUUUGUUGUAUCAGAAACUGAAAUGCCCCGAUGAGGAUGCAGAACAUUUGAAACUUGAGGCCACAAAGCGAAAGCUCCAUAAGUGUUACCAAGAAGUUGAAAAUGCGAAGAGGCAGAGGAUUCAAGUAAUGAAGUUGAAGGACAUACCCAAGCAAGGCCGUGGCAUUAGAAAGACUCAUAAUAGGCCUUUGGUAAAUAGGCGUUAAUGAAUCAUUUAUUCGCCUUUGCUAGUCAAUCUUGUGGAGGAGCAUCGUCAGUGAAGACUCGUGUCAAUGGUAUCAGCUAAUAACUCAAGAUAUAGUGGAUCUCGUCUAGUUAGGAGAGGUGCGCGUUUUGAAAUGUUGUCCAAAUUAUACAUUUUCCUGUUGGAAGGACCUGAAUUGUUCCCCCAUUUUUCGACUUUUUUUAACAUUAGC